AUCGCCAGCUUGCCACACACAUACUCUGCCGCGUUUGCAUCUCCAGCGCUGCUGUCGUGCCGUGCGUGCGGACUGCGGAGGGACGGGAGAGAGGCUAAGCCAUGGCGAAGGGCCACGUGCUGGUGCUGCCCAUGCCGUGCCAGGGCCACGUCGUGCCGCUCAUGGAGCUCUCGCACCGCCUCGUCGACCACGGCUUCGAGGUCACCUUCGUCAACACCGACGUGGACCACGCGCUCGUGCUCGCCGCCAUGGCGCCCGACGCCGGCGCUGCGCUGCGCGGCAUCCACCUCGCCUCCAUCCCCGACGGGCUGGCCGGCGACGAGGACCGCAAGGACCUCAACAAGCUCAUCGACGCCUACUCGCGCCACAUGCCGGGUUACCUGGAGACGCUCGUCGUGGACAUGGAGGCUGCGGGGCGGCCCAGGGUGAACUGGCUCGUCGGCGACGUCAACAUGGGCUGGUCCUUCGAGGUCGCCAAGCGGCUCGGCAUCCGGGUCGCCUCCUUCUGGCCGGCCUCCGCGGCGUGCCUCGCCAUCAUGCUCAAGAUCCCCCAGCUGAUUCAGGACGGCGUGCUCAACGACAAGGGAUGGCCGGAGCGGGAAGAGACGCUGCAGCUGGCCCCGGGGAUGCCGCCGCUGCACACGUCGCUCAUGUCGUGGAACAACGCCGGCGCCCCCGAAGGGCAGCACAUCAUCUUCCAACUCGUGUGCCGGAACAACAAGUUGAACGACCUCGCCGAGAUGGUCGUCUGCAACUCGUUCCAGGAGGCGGAGGCCGGCGCGUUCAAGCUCUUCCCCAACAUCCUGCCCAUCGGCCCGCUCUUCGCCGACAGGGAGUUCCAGAAGCCCGUGGGCAACUUCCUGCCGGAGGACGCGAGGUGCCUGAAAUGGCUGGACGCGCGGCCCGACGGCUCCGUCGUCUACGUGGCCUUCGGCAGCAUGGCCAUCUUCGACCCGCGCCAGUUCCAGGAGCUGGCGGAGGGGCUGGAGCUCACCGGCCGGCCGUUCCUGUGGGUGGUGCGCCCGGACUUCACCCCCGGCCUGAGCAAGGCGUGGCUCGCCGAGUUCAGCCAGCGCGUCGCCGGCACGGGCAUGAUCGUCAGCUGGUGCUCCCAGCAGCAGGUCCUGGCGCACCGCGCGGUGGCGUGCUUCGUGUCGCACUGCGGGUGGAACUCGACCAUGGAGGCGGCGAGGAACGGCGUGCCGGUCCUGUGCUGGCCCUACUUCUGCGAGCAGUUCCUGGACCGGAGCUACGUCACCGACGUGUGGCGGACCGGCCUCGCCGUGUCCCCCGGCGAGGACGGCAUCGUGAGCAAGGAGGAGGUGAGGAGCAAGGUGGAGGGGGUCAUCGGCGACGCCGGGAUCAGGAAGAGGGCGUCCUGGCUCAAGGACACGGCGUCCCGGUGCAUCGGCGAGGGCGGCUCGUCGCAGAGGAAUUUCAAGAAGUUCAUCGACCUGCUGAGUCAGUGAGCCAGCGCCGUGCGCGCGUGGCGGGAGUGGUGGUCGACGCCUCGGGUCAGUCAAGUUAUUACAAGAAGAUUGCACGAUCUGUCGAACUUUUCUACUCCCUCCGUUCCAAAAUAACUGUCUUAUUUUGGGACGGAGGGAGUACAAGUUCAACGGCUACCAUGGCUUUGGGAAUGAUGUUUGGGAAUGGGAUGAUCCAUUUGCUCGUACUUAGUCCAUCAAAAUAUAAUAUUCAGUGGAAUGCUUGACAUGA